AGCUUGCUUGUUUCCGGCGAAUACUCAGACCUUAUCAUUACCUGCGGUAACAACUCCUACAAUGUGCAUAAGGCUAUUGUUUGCUCUCUAUCGAGCUUUUUCCGAACAGCGGAGAAGUUUGCUGUUGGCAAAGUGAGUUUACAACAUGGGCAACACCAGGAAGCCGCCGAAGCAAAGAUCGACCUGCCAGAAGAUGAUCCGGCGGUCAUCGAGCUGCUCAUGCAGUACUUUUACAAAUUUGAGUACGAGCCUGAGCUGCCAGACAACAAAAGAUCGCUGCCUGGAGUAGUUUACGUGGCGGUGAAGACAGAGAGCGGAUAUUCUUACGAUUUUCCUCAUACUUGCCAACCAGGUUGCCCAGGCGACGAUUACAAGGUCUGUCCUCACCAUGUUUGCACAUCUGACACUUGUGGAGAAAAGUGUCGUAACUUUAUGUGUCAAGAUUGUACGUCCGCGCCACCUCAAGGAGAUGCCAGCCAACUCCUUGUUCACGCCAAGAUGUACGAGAUUGCCGACAAGUAUGGCGUUGCAGGCUUGAAAGAACUUGCUCGUGAGAAGUUUGCACGCGGAUGCAGAGUGUACUGGGAGGACGAGGAGUUUCCUCCGGCUGCAGAGCAUGCUCUUGUUACCACUGUGGACAAAGACGCUGGUUUGCGAGAAGUUCUCAUUCUCACCAUCACAUCACAUAUCAAGCUACUACAGAAGCCUGCCAUUGAAGAGCUCCUGAUCAAGCAUGCAAGCUUUGCAUAUGUAGUGCUGAAACGUCAAGCCGAAGAGUUAGAUCGAUUGAGGUCGCGUACCUGA